ACGCUGCUAUUUUUAGUCGCUGAGUCCUUGUUGAUGGCACAGCAGCGAAGGCGAGGGAGCAGCCGGAGGAGCAGCAGGGCUGGAUCAGGCCCCGCGGGAUGAGGCAGCAGCUGGGAAGCAAGGCCGGCGUGCAGGGAAACGGGGAACGCCCUUUGCCCCCUGGGGCUGAGGCUUUGGGGGUCUCGGGUGCUUACCGAGGGUCCCUGCCACGGGAAGUCCUGGGCUGCCUUCAGAGGGCUCCGGAUCCGGCCAUGCCAUGUCCCUGCCAGGCAAGAGGAAGGGGGAGGAAAGGGGAGAAGGCAGGGGAGGAAGGAAGGAGGGAGGAGUAGUGGGGAGGAAAAUAACACGGAAUCCAACCACGCAGCACAAAUCCUCCCGAGCAGCAGGCGGGCUGCGGGCCACUGUGUGUGCUAGCCUGGCAAUGCCAUGCAUCAGCUCCUGUGCCAUGCAUCAGCUCCUGUGCCAUGCAUCAGCCCCAGCACCGUGGCAGCAUGACCCCGUGCACCAUCACGGCCCCAGGUUGUGCCCUGACGCUGGGAGCUGCAUCAGGUCCUUGUGUGUCCCCCAUGAGUGAGUCGAGGGCUGUGCUGGGGUGUCUGUGCUCCCUUGGCACCAAGGGGAUGGAUGCUCCGUGGUGGCUGUAGCCAGCAGUGAGCACAGCACAGGGACAGGGUGGUGCUGGUGCUGGUCACCGUGGUGGCCCCAGGUGCCUGCCCUCUCCCAUGAGUUCUGGCCACGGCACAGCUUUGCCAAGGGCAGGUGUCCAGCCACAGCCAUGCACCGACAGCCCUGUAUCGAUUCCCAUCUCAGAGGCAGUGGCUGGAAGCUUCUUCAGGGUCAGGAGAGCACAUCCAGCAGGGACAGUGAGUGGGCAGGGCCCCUGGGACCAGCCACAGCCACCUCCCUCUCCGGAGGAAGGCCGUAACCUCCCUGCUGUCGACAGCUUGAUUUGAUGCCAUUAAAGCGUUUGCUCGCAAACAGCCUACAUCAGGCACAACAUCUGGCACGGCCCUUCCCCGGCAACGCUGUGGCAGAUCCGAGGGCAGAGCUGGCCUCUGGCUCUGCCAACAGCUCCGGGUGCUGCUGGUGAUGAGCGUGUCCCCUCCCAGGGGCCCACAGGGACAUGGGACUGUGGCUCUGGGCUUGUAGGAUUUCAGCUGGAACACGUUCCCUCUGUGCAUCCCCACCUCUGCGUGCCGGUGACUGAUCCGUCCCCUCGCACCGUGCGCUUUUGCUCAUCCCAACAUUGUCCCAGCUGUUCGGAAAAUUAACAAUAAUUAAUUAAUAACAAUAAUUAAUUAAUCACGAUAAUUAAUAAUAAAGGAGAAAGGGGAGAAAAGCUCCUCCUAAAGCUUCAGCCUAGGGUCUUCUCAAGCCGGUUUCAUUUUUCAAACCCACUCCCACACAGCAUGAAGGGCCCUUUGCUCCCAUUAAUUCUCCCACCACAGCCCAGGGCUGCCCCACAGCCUGCCUUUGAUUUUCCUGCCUUUGUUCCAGCAGCACCGGCACAGGGCUGGCACAGGACACCAUGCUGUGGCAGGGGAUUUUUGUGCCAGCUUUUCAGAUUUUUUUGACCCAUCUUUUCCCUGGAAUUUAGGCUUUAGCUGCAUCCAGUUGUCCACAGAGCCUGCAAGAGGCAACUGCAGUAUGUGACAUGGAAAACAUCCCAAAAGGGGAUGGGGAACAGGGAGGGAUGGGUGCUGGGCUGGUGUGGGUGGCACUGAGCCUGGCUCCAGUGGUGCCCGAGGACACUGUGUGCUUGGUGCAUGCCUGAGCAGCUGGUGUUUAUGGAAACAGAGCUAAGUAAAGCCCUGUGUGUGUGUGUGUAGACCCCAAAAGGUGCUGAGGUGUUACUGGUGGGUGCUGCAAGGAAAAGGGCUGAGCUGGGACUCGUCAAGCCAACAGUGUGGUUUAAGUGGCUGUGGCAGAACUGCCAGCAAAGGGACCAUGUGGUGUUUGGCAUGCUGUGGCAGUGGCAUGAGGGUGAUGGAGGGACAUGUGGGGAUACACACAAAUCCAUGUCCCGGCUCAAGGCUUUCUGGCUCCACAGGGAAGUGUGCCAGGAGCUGGGAUGGGCUUGGACAGACGCUGCCAGCAUCAGACCCCAUCCUCUCUUCUUACACUCAUUGCCUUGAGGGAGGCUGAGGGGACAGCACUGGUGUCACCAAGGGAGCAGCACUGGGGAUGUCCCUGGACAGCAACAGACCCUUGGGGCUGCCCUAACCCAGACUGACAAAUCUCUAUCUCAUCCAGGCUUGUGUCCACCCCAGGACCUUCAACCCACCGGUGCUGGGGACAGGCAGGAUGCAUCCCCCUGCCACCAAGCCCUUCAUUAGCCCCCACAAGCCACUUGACUGCCUUAAGAGAUCAAACCAGUGACCCAGAUAACAAGCCCGCGCCAUGCAGUCCUUUCGAGAAAGGUGUGGUUUCCAUGGCAACCAGCAGAGCUACCAGCCGACUUCACAAGAUACAUCACGCCUGGAGAAUUACAGGCAUCAAAGUCAGGCAGGGCCGAACUGCGAGCGGCAGAGGCUGGUGGCGAAGGAGUACUACAGUCAGCAGCAGCUGCCGUACGCGGGCUAUGAGAACAGCGCCGUGGAGAAAUACCACCGGGGAAACAAGCAAUUAGCGGGGCAGCAGCUGCAGGGCAGGCCAGCCUUUUCCAAUUACACCGUGCAGGAGAACAGCCCUUAUCCGGCCCGGUAUUCCGGGGACGAGAGCCUGCAGGCGUGGGGUGGCCAGCCACAGGCAUUGCCCGGCGGCGUGGCCAAGUAUGAGGACAACCUGAUGAAGAAGACAGUGGCAUUGGCGGGUGGGCGGCCAUACCAUGAGCCGGCGGCCACCUCGCUGCCCUUCCGGACUCACUUCCAGCAGCAGCCUCAGCAGCAGCAGCCUCAGCCGCAGCAGCAGCAGCAGCAGCAGCAGCCGCCCGCACUCCCCUACCCCAAGCUGCAGCGGCAGAAACUGCCCAACGAUGUCUCCUCACCCAUGCCCUUCUCACAGAGCCCUCAUUUCGGGCAGCACUCCCAGUCCUUCCCUGCCUCCUCCACCUACUCCUCGGUGCCGGGGGGCAGCCAGCCGGCACACUCCUACAAGAGCUGCACGGCGCCCUCGGGGCAGCCGCCGCUGGAGCGGCCCCUGGGCAGCGCUGCCAGCCUGGCCCCUGGCCCCCGCGUGCCCAACCUGCACGGCUACCAGCCCAACCGCAUCGGCUACGAGCAGCCCCCGCAGCCGCCGCCACAGCCCCCGCAGCCGCCACCACCGCAGCCCCCACAGCCACCGCAGCCCCCGCAGCCCCCACAGCCCAUGCAGGGGCGGCAUCACGCCUCAGAGACCCUCCACUACCAAAACCUGGCCAAGUACCAACAUUACAACCAGCCAGGCCAGACCUACUGCCAGGGCGAUGCGCCGCCCGUCCGGACGCCCGAGCAGUACUACCAGACCUUCAGCCCCAGCGCCAGCCACUCGCCGGCUCGCUCUGUCGGCAGGUCCCCAUCCUACAGCUCCACUCCCUCCCCUCUGAUGCCCAACCUGGAGAACUUCCAAUACAGCCAGCAGCCGCUGAAUGCUGGUGCCUUCCCGGCCGGCAUUGCUGACCACAGCCAUUUCAUGCCGCUGCUGAACCCUUCUCCCACUGAUGGAACGAGCCCUGACACUCAAUCUGGGAACUGCAAAAACUUGCAGAAGGAGAAGCUGCCUGAAAACCUGCUGUCAGACCUGAGCCUGCAGAGCCUGACGGCACUCACCUCCCAGGUGGAGAACAUCUCCAACACUGUCCAGCAGCUGCUGCUCUCCAAAGCAGCUGUACCCCAGAAAAAGGGCAUCAAGACCCCAGCAAGGACCCCCGAGCAGCUCAAGGGGCAGCACUGCAGUCCUGAGAGCAGCACCUACUCGGCAGAGCAGGUGGGGACCCCCCUGUCUGACCCACUGAGCACCCCUCAGUCUGUCCAUGCUGAGACACAGGACACUGACUAUCUCAGUGGGUCAGAGGACCAGCUGGAGAGGAGUUUCCUGUACUGCAACCAGAACCGCAGCCCUGCCCGUGUGAACAGCAACUCCAAGGCAAAGCCUGAGUCAGUGUCCACCUGCUCUGUGACCUCUCCAGAUGACAUGUCCACCAAAUCAGAUGACUCCUUCCAGAGUAUCCACGCCACCCUGCCCCUGGAGACCUUCACCAAGUAUGUGAGCAAUGAACGGGACUGCCCUCGACUGCUCCUCAGCGCCCUGUCCCAGGAGGAGCUGGCUUCUGAGAUCAUUGUCCUGCAGGAUGCCAUCAGCGAGAAGGCAGACAAAGCCUGGGCCAACUUGCCCAUGCUGGGCAAGGAGACCACCAAGUCCCCCUUCCAGCUGGAGAACCACCGGCCCAGCCUGGACUCCAUGGUGAAGGGUGCCUGGCCCAGCCAGGGUGACUCCAGCACGCUCACUGAGCCCCUCAAGCUGGACAAAGCUUCAGGGGCCAGCACGGGGAAGGACUUUAGUGAGGAGGUGUAUGAGGGUUCCCAGGUGGAGUUUGCAGCCACUGAAAGCAAGGAUGUGCUGAAGGACACUGCCCCACUGGCCUUCAACUCCAAGCCCAGCAUGCCAGCAGCGACGUCAAGCGCGGGAGCCACCGGCUACAGCUGCUACUCAAACACCACCGCCAACUCGGUGGCAUCCGAAAAUGCCAUGGAGCAUUUUGACUGGCCGGAGGAGAGCCUGGGUGAGGCCUGCCUGCGGUGGAAAGAUCUUCAGGCCACCGACCUCCCCAAGGGCUUGUUCCCCAGCAAAUUGGUGAGCUCCUGCAAGGAGAAAAAAAACGCCUGCGGCUUGGACCUGUGCGAUGGAGAGCAGCCAGCAAAGAGUGAGGCAGUCCAGGACUUUGGCCAGCAGGUGAUGGAGGAGGAGGAGGAGACACUGACCUACGAUGAAGCAACAAAGGCAGACAGUGAGAGAUGGCUGCAGGAUACCCGGCACUGCUGCUCAGCUGGGGACUUCAGUGAGAUCCCCAUCAUCUCCUCGCCAGAUCUGAAGGAGUCAGACCUGGAGGCCGAGGAGUACUCCUCACUCUGUGAGCUGGCUGGCUCGGAGCAGAAGUCAGUGACGUACGAUGCCUCACCACCCAAGCCUCCGGAGAUGCCAGCUGUGCUGUCCUCCAGCGAGGUGCCUGUGUCUGCUGAGGAGACUGUCAGCACAGUGGAGAAGGAGAGCUCAGCCCCCACCCCACGCCUCUCUGGCCAGUCUGUCAUCCUUCUGGGCCCUGCUGUGGGCACAGAGACCAAGGUGAAGAGCUGGUUCAAAUCCUCUCUGCCCCACAUCCAGCCUGAGGAGGAGAAUGGCAGAGGGGAGACGUCCCACCUGGAGGCAGCUGAUGCUGAAUCCACCUCAACAGUAAUGACGAAGCAGCAAAUCACACCCGAAAAUGUGCUGGGGAAGAUGGAGCCUGUCUCACGGGGCAAGAGCCUCCGCAACAAGAGGGUCCACUGCCGGCUGCCGGAGGGGGAUGGCCCCGGCAGCACCGUGCUGAGCCCAUUUGAUGAGCUGCCAGCAGCCAGCAGUGUGGCCGGUGCCUGCCUGGGGCCAGACGGACAGACGGAGGUACCGAGCAAGAGUGCCCAGAGCCAAACACCCCGGUUUCCAGCCGAGGGUCUGCCGGCGCGCAUGUGCACCCGCUCCUUCACCGCCCUGGCUGAGCCCCGCACCCCUGCCCCCCUAGAGGGACUGAAGGCCCCCGCGCACCAGGAGAAGCUGGGGAAGAAGCCCGGCUGCGGCGUGAAGCAGCGGGUGGCUUUCAAAACCAGGAAGCGCAACAGCCGGCCGGCUCCCAGGGUGGUCCAAAACACCAGUGAUGCCACCCUCCUGGUGCCCGGCUUGGUGGCUGCAGAGGAGGUGGCAGGGCCGACACCGCUGGAGGGGGACGCAGUGGAAGCCGGGGAGAGGGACCAGAGGUCGAUGAUCCUGCGCUCACGGACAAAGACACAGGAGGUUUUCUACACCAAGCGGCAGAGGGGCAAGCGGGCAGCUGAUGUCCGGCUGAAGAACUGCAAAGCACCCAAAAAGCUCAUAUCCAACAACCAUCUCCCACCUGCCUUCAAGCUGCCAGCGCCAGGCAGCCCCCACAAGGAGGGCAAGGUGGGUGCCCGGAUGAAGCUGCCCAAAGCAGGGCCAGGCGUGGGGGGAAAGAUGUCGGAGCGGCCUCUGCACUCACUGAAGAGGAAGUCCACCUUCAUCUCCCCCAUCCCCACCAAGAAGAGGAACCUGGUCCUGCGGAGCAACAGCGGUGGUGUGAAGGAGGAGAAGCCAGAGGGUCCCCCCAGUCUCUUCAAGAAGAUGCCGGUGGCCAAGAAGGUGAAAGCCAAGCUGCCCCCCAAGAGCUCUGGCGAAGCCAUCCCGAAGCCCCCCCUGCCAAAGGAGGCUCCUGAUGUCUGCAUCAAGAUCACCUCCCGGGCGGCCUUCCAGGAGGCCACCAAGACCAAAGUGCUGCCUCCCCGCAAGGGCCGUGGCCUCAAGCUGGAGGCCAUCGUCCAGAAGAUCACCUCACCCAACCUGAAGAAGUUCACCUGCAAACCAGCGGCCACAGCAGUGGCAGCCACAGUAGCUGCCUACGGCUCCUCCCUGAGCCCGGCUGGGGCAGAGCGGGUGGUGAAGCACAGUGGGGUGGCUGUGGCAGUGGGUGAUGCGCGGCUGCCCAAGCUGGCGGCAGCACAGAAGGUGCCCACAAUGCCGGUGGCUGAGCCGCUCUGCCGGAACCCCAAUGGCCGAGCACCGAAGGGGAAGCCGGGUGGUGGGAAGAAGCUGCCCCAUGACGGCUGCCAGGGGGAGGCUUGUGGGUCAACGCCGGGGACCCAGUCCAGCCCCAACAUGGUGGCCAAGAACCUGGGGCUCCUGCCCAAGAAGAGGAACCGCAAGGGCAAAGCAGCAGCGCUGGGCAUGGCCAAGGCGCCCCUGAGCCCUGCUCUGCCACCAGCACUGCCCCGGGAGCGCGUAGCCGGCCCGGGAGGUGCGGAGGAGGCGCCUCGGGAGAAGAAACCAAAGACUGAGGAGAAGGAGGCGGGGAGCAGCGAUGGCCCUGCUGAGGGACGCUCCGCCGCCGGGCCGGCGCGGGGGCCGAAGCCGCGGGCCAACCACUCCAACUACAACGGCUACUCCAAGCGGCAGCGGAAGCGUCUGGGCCACGGCAAGGCCAAGGCGGUGCCGGCGCGGUGCAAGAGCCGCGGGAAGCGGCGGCGGCAGCAGCCCCAGCAGGCCCCGCUCCUGCACCCCGCCGAGCCCGAGAUCCGGCUCAAGUACAUCUCCUGCAAGCGGCUGCGGGCGGACAGCCGCGCCCCGCCCUUCGCUCCCUACGUCCGCGUGGAGCGGCGCGGAGAGUUCUCCACCACCUGCACCGUCGUCAACUCGCCCGGCGACGAGGCGCGGCUGCAGCGGGGACCGGCCGGGCCGGCGCCUCGGCCGCGGGCGGCCCUGCCCGCCUCCUCCACCAUGCACAUGGGGCCGGUGGUGUCGAAGGCGCUGAGCGCCGCGUGCCUGGUCUGCUGCCUCUGCCGCAACCCCGCCAACUACAAGGACCUGGGGGACCUCUGCGGGCCCUACUAUCCCGAGGACUGCCUGCCCAAGAAGAAAUCCCGGCUGAAGGAGAAGGCGCGGGCGGAGGGGCCGGGCGAGGACUCCACCGUGCCCGCCGCGGCCGAGCGGGCGCCCCGCGGGACUGAGGGCGGCUGCGGCGGGAAGGCGGCGCGGCCUGAGGCGGCCGCCGAGGCGGCCAAGCAGAGCUCGCUGCGCUCCAGCCCGCGGGGAAUGUUCCGUCGGCUGCAGAGCUGCUACUGCUGUGACGAGAGGACAGAGGGCGAGGAGGCGGCCGAAAAGCCCCGGCGGCACGAAUGUCACAAGGCCGAGUCCCCGCCGCAGGAGCCGGCGGGCGACACGCAGGAGCACUGGCUGCACGAGGCCUGUGCCGUAUGGACCGCUGGGGUUUUCCUGGUGGCAGGGAAGCUCUAUGGGCUGCAGGAGGCUGUCAAGGCGGCUGCCGACCUGAAGUGCUCGAGCUGCCAGCAAGUGGGAGCCACCGUGGGCUGCUGCCAGAAGGGGUGUCCCCACACCUACCACUACGCGUGUGCCGUCGACACAGGUUGCUUAUUAACUGAGGAGAGCUUCUCUCUGAGAUGUCCCAAACAUAAGAGGCAGCCGGUGUAGCGCCCGCGGGCACCCGCCCCACCGCCAGCGAGGGACCGGCAGAGGAGGCAGCGCCUGGAGCAGAGCGGAGCCGGGCCGGGCCGUACCGGGGACCCGCCACUGCCCGGGACCCCCGGGAUCCCCCGAGCCCGCUCCGAGCGGGCCGAGCCAGCGCCGGGCUUUCCCUCCCGCCGGGUCUCGGUAAAACCCGGUCUGGAUACGCGGGGGACGGAUCGGGAUCCCCCACCCGCGAUGGCUGCACAGGGGGGCGGGGGGUGUCCGUGUACAAGGGGGGGGUCCCGGCGAUGUUGUCUUACUGUGGGGCCGCCGGACCCUCCGUGGGUCCCGGCUCUCAAUAUCACACUGAUCUGAUCUGAGAUGUUGCCUUCAGCAAACCUCAUUGUGUCUGUAUAUAGUUCAGCGAAGAAGAGGACAAAAAAAAAGACAAAAAAAAAGACCAAAAAAAGGAGAAAAAAGAGAAAAAUGAGAAAAAAAAAAAAAAAGGCAAACAACGGCCUGCUGUUUGAAACACCACUCUGCUUUUUCUGUUUUGUUCUUCCAUCUCCUGUUUGUCCCCACCCACACCCAGGGUGCUGGGGGGCUAAGGGUGCUUGGCCAGGCUGGUGGGCACCCACUGGGCUGCCCCAGCCCCGCUCCCAAACCCCAAACCCUGACUCAUUGCACCCACCACCUUCCCACUCCAUGUGGCGCUGGCACUGCUGGGCUGGGGACACCUGGUCCUGCUGUCCAGGACCCCCCAAAACUCACCCUUCUUCUUGUGCUUGGCCUCACCAGCACCCCUUCUGUGGCUCCUCUUGUAGGAGCUUUGCUCUCUGUGCUUGUGCUGAACCCCACAGCUCUGUGUGCUGAACUGGAGGAGGAGGAGGAGGAGGCAUUUGUUUCCUCCCUUCCACAUGGGCCUGGCUCACCCCUCACUGCCCUGCCUUUGCUCAGCUCCCUCGGCUUUUGCUUCCUGGCCACCUCAGUAGAGCUGAGGGGCUGCCCAACACUUUGGUGACCCCAGGCUCCACAGCCCAUCUUUGUGUCACCCACACCCUGACACAGGUAGCAACCAGCCCAGGGUGAGCCAACCCCAGAUCUCAUCCUAAAAACAGCCACUGGCUGCCCCCAACCUCUGCAGCAUCCUGCAAAAGGGACCACUGCUGGUCCCAUCCAUGUCCCCCACAGAGCCAGCGCCCCAUGUCCCCACCACCUCUUGUGUCCCCUCCAUCUCACCCACCCCAAGGUUUGCUGGCCACACAAUGUCUGUUGUUUCAGCAGCUGCCUUGGACACAGGAGUGAAAAACAAAAAAAAGGAGGUGAGAAAAAAAUUUUUAAAAAGGGAGAAAUAAUAAUAAUAAUAAAAAAAAUUAACUUAAAGAAGAAAAAAAAAAAUAAAUCCCUGUGUCCUUGGCAGUGUUGCCUGAAAUCUGGCUAUUUUUAGUGACAUCUUGUACAUAUGACUGUAAAAUGGUAAACCGUGUGUAUUAUAUAUUGCCUCAUUAUAUAGUGUAUAUAUAUGUAUACAUAUACAUAUAUAUAAUAUAUAUGAAGACUGUAAAUGUUAAGACUAGUGUUCUUAUUAGUAUAUUGCUUCACACUGAAGAUUGUGUGUAACAAGCUGUUUCUAAAAGAUGUUUAUUUUCCUUAAGAGUAAAAAAAACAGGUCAUUGCAUUCAGAGCGUCAAUAAAGAUACAACGAUUGUUUUGGAAGUAC